CUCCUCUAAUCCGCUUCUUCACUCCAUUAGCCAUCUCUUCCCUUCCAGGCCGGCCAGGAAAUAUCUUUAGGAAGAACGAAAAAGAAAUGGGUGUUUUAUGCUUAGCCUACAUUUCCAUUCUUAUCUACCCACUCUUACGAUCAGCUCAAGCUAAACACCCAGGCGUUUACACCGGCGGCGCGUGGCACUCAGCUCACGCCACCUUCUACGGAGGCAGCGACGCCUCCGGCACCAUGGGCGGCGCGUGCGGGUACGGAGACCUCUACAGCCAAGGCUACGGAGUGAACAAUGGAGCUUUGAGCACCGCCCUCUUCAACGAUGGCCUCAGCUGCGGGGCCUGCUUCGAGAUCAAGUGCGCCGACGAUCAAUCGUGCGUUCCCGGCAACCCGUCGAUCUUUAUUACGGCGACCAAUUUCUGCCCCCCAAACAAUGAUCUGCCCAGCGACAACGGCGGCUGGUGCAACCCUCCGCGGCCUCAUUUCGACCUCUCCAUGCCCAUGUUCCUCAAGAUCGCCGAAUACCGUGCCGGAAUCGUCUCCGUCACUUACCGCCGAGUAGCAUGCCGGAAGAAGGGGGGAAUACGGUUCACGAUUAACGGCCACCAGUUCUUCAACCUGGUUCUGAUCACCAACGUGGGAGGCGCAGGGGAUAUCGUGAGGGUGAGGGUGAAAGGGUCAAAGACCGAUUGGAUAGAGAUGAGCAGGAACUGGGGGCAAAACUGGCAAACUAACGCCGUUUUGAGCGGGCAGUCGUUAUCUUUCCGGGUAAAGGGCAGCGACCGGCGGUCAUCCACCUCCUGGAACGUCGUCCCGGAGGGCUGGGAGUUUGGCCAAACGUUCGUCGGGAAAAACUUUCGAGUGUGAAUCACAUCUUUCCCGAUGUCUAAUUUUGGUCAACUUUUCCUUUUUCGUCUUGGGUAUAUGUUUGACUUUUGCUAUUUAUGUUUUGAUUAAUGUUAAUUCUAAAGGGACGGCUGAAGUGACCGCAGAACGGAAUGUAGCCCGCCGCUGUUCUUCAUACGUUACUGUACUUAUAAAAAAUGAUUCCCUCUUCCCCUUACCUAAGUUUGAGUUCCC